AAAAACCACCCACAUGUGUGUACAUAUGUGUAUAACUGUGCAUGCGUAGAGAAUUUUCUAGCCGAAGGUUUCAGUUGUGAACACAGACGAGGCGCUGUGACGGAGCCUUAAGACAGAGUCCCAAACACAUUAAUUGGCGUCUUCUGUUUCGAAUUAGAACUUGCCUAUUGGAUCGAUCCAGUCAAGGAACCGAACGAAAUUUUCUUCAAAAAAUCCUUCGGAUUUGUGUAAUAACUAAUACGCUGCAUGAAUGUGGUUCAAAAUGUGCAAAGGAAGACGGAUCCGCCUUUAUAAAGCUCUAGUUUAAAAGUUGUUUAGCUUUUAGAUGCACUUGAAUGGUAUCGUAACUCAAGCGUCAUCUUGUAAGGAAUGGAUUCCCUAAAUGAGAUAAUUGACCACCAAACAUUUAGCCAGGAGUUAGUUGAAGAUGCAUCGGAGUUUAUUACUGUGGGUCAUCAUUCGGAGCGCCAGUCGCAGUCUCGUCAGCACCCCAAUGCUAGACAGGAUCCGACAAUGUCUAUGCAAGAAAUGAUUUCCUGUCCCAGAACAGACGCAUUGAGUGGAGGGGGGAAACAACGCCACGGCUCUGCAUCUGGGUCGGGAUCGGCAUCGGGAUCCGACUCCGUUGUCAUGGUUAUAGACGCACUGGGACAAGGUAACAGGCAACCAUCAUAUCAAAUUGUGCCUCAGCAGUUGCAGCAAAGAACAAUGCCAUUGCCAUUCGGGCUACUCCAGCAGGAUAGUCACCAUUUGCAGCAUGAGAGGGAUGUCAAUACCAGCCCAGUGGACUUUGUAUCGCCCGACAUUAAUUUGGAUGGUCUUACUGUAGACGCAAUCUCCCAGACGGUUCACUCCCAAGAAAUGGCGAUAAAGCAGGAGCAAAAGCUACUUAUUGUGCAAUCCAAGAGUCAGGAUCAAAGCCACAGGCGCAUUCGAAUGCUUGUAGACGUUUCGAGUGGCAUGCACGUGGACGAUAUGGAUGAGAUUUCCUCUGAUGACGUUGGCUGCGACGACGAAGGAGUUACGCUGAAUCAGCACCACCAGCAUCUUUUGGAGCAGGAGGAACAAUUUGACAUGACAAGCCACCAUCCGCAUCACCAACCUCAUACUCAGGUUCUCCAUGGCUUGCACCAGAGAUCAACUCAUUCGGAAAUGGGACUGGAGAGUGGACAUGGGGAGGUUCUAUCGGUUAUCGUCCAUUCACAGGACAGCGAUAAGGAGGACGGUGAGGAAAAUGGUGAUGGGGAUGCAGAAGGAGAUGCAGAGAAUGAAGACGAUAAUGAACGCGACUCACGGAGUCGUGAGCAGCUGCUUAGUCACAGCUCGUAUCAGACGUUGACCGCGGUGAAUGAUCGCCUAUCCUCGCCUGGGUUUAGUCAAACAUCUUAUGCUACACUCACUCCCAUUCAACCACUUCCGCCUAUAUCAACGAUGUCCGAGAAGUUCGCGUACUCUGGCCACAUCUCGGGAGGAGACAGUGGCGACACGGAUGUCAAUGGAGAUGAUGGAGGUAGAGGAGUCGUUGAUGUUGGUGACCUCAACCAAUCCAGCGAGGCUGCAGGGACUGUUUCAAUAUCUAGUGGCAACGCUACCUCCUCUGUGUGCUCCAACAAUGAUUGCAGUUCUUUUUCUGCCCUCACUAUGCCCAUGGGAAGUGGCCAUUUGGGCCUAGGGGUUUUAAGUGGCGUCCAGUCACCAUUUUCCUCAUACGAAAAGCUUUCUUCGAUGAUUUCUUCUCCGCCUAAUAACUACCUGGUCUCGUGUGAUCUACAUGCCUCAGUGUCGGGACGCGUUAUUACCUCAUCGCACUUGCAGCUAAGUCACAGCGGAAAUAAAAAGGAGUCUGGAAUGACCCAAGAACACACACAUGGGCCUGCUGAUGUCAAUGGUGGGAAGUUUUCCUAUACUGGACACAUCUCCGGUGGUGAUAGCGGAGAUACUGAUGUCAACGGUGAGAAGUUCUCUUUCUCUGACCAUAUAUCCGGAGGAGAUAGCGGUGAUGAAGAUGUCAACAGAGAAAAGUUUAUAUAUUCAGAUCACAUCUCUGAAGGAGAUAACGGCCCAGACGUCAACGGCGGAACGAAUUGGCUCCAGAUGCACUCUGAGAGGGAAGUGCGACUCCAUAUGCCCGUGCCGGCUGAGCUGGAAGCGAGGUUUCACAUUUCGUCAGAGCGAAGGACUCGAUUCAACGUGCCACCUGCGCGUGGAUCCUUGAGCCGACAUCAUACUCCAAACGCUCCGAUCUGCCCCGCGGAUUGGAAGGCGGAUGAUUGGAAACACAGUAACACUGGCAUUGUUAGUUUAACCGCCGAUAUGCCCGUCGUUGUUUCCCUUACUCCUACACCACCUCCGAUAACAGACGACUCGGUGAGCGGAAUUAAACUAAACGGGCGAUUAUCACCAGAGCACAGACAACAGUACUUCCUGGACAAAAGCCAAGAACCCAGUUCCGUGAUAGUGGAACAGUGCAGUCCGGGCAUUCAUGGCACCUCGCACUCGGUGGGUGCCAUUCAACAGCAGUCUCAAUCAGCUCUCGGAAACGAGUUUCAAGUCAGCAGCCAGCAGGCCAAGGUUUCAGCAUGCGCAUCCCCAAAGGCGACUGUGUCCUCUGGAGGAGCAGGUUCCAGCCGCAAUGCAAAUGCCAGUGACAUGGAGGAGAUCAAUACGAAGGAUCUGGCACAGCGCAUCUCAGCCGAGCUCAAGCGAUACAGCAUUCCACAGGCGAUAUUUGCACAACGGGUACUCUGCCGAUCGCAAGGCACCUUGUCCGAUCUGCUUCGCAACCCAAAGCCGUGGUCCAAGCUGAAGUCCGGCCGAGAGACGUUUCGCAGGAUGUACAAGUGGCUCCAGGAGCCCGAGUUCCAGCGCAUGUCUGCUCUGCGGAUGGCCGCUGCCCAAAUUCCUCAGCGAGCUCCUUUGAGCUCUGUAGUAACACUUGGGUCAGCAACAGGUUCAAGUGGCUCCACCGGAACCAUGCCGACGGAAGUUGACUCACAUAGCGGCCCUACUAUGAACUCAAAUGUUAUGACCAACGAAUCGGAUUCUUCACCCGCAUCCACACCUGCCACAAGCGUUUUGGUUGGCAGCGUCGUUAGUUGUCGUCGAAAGGAAGAGCCACAGAUCGAACAAAUGCCCCAGCCAAAAAAACCGCGAUUGGUAUUCACCGAUCUACAACGACGAACAUUACAAGCUAUUUUCAAAGAAACUAAAAGGCCUUCGAAAGAGAUGCAAGUGACCAUCGCGAGACAGCUGGGACUCGAGCCUACUACAGUGGGAAAUUUUUUUAUGAACGCCCGAAGAAGGUCGAUGGAUAAGUGGCGGGAUGACGAAUCCAAAAGCACUUUGCAUUUGUCACAUAACCGACAGCAACAACAAGACGAGCAGGACAAGGAUACUGGCCACACUCAUAGUCAAUCUCAAAAUGGUCAUAAUCACACUCAAAAUCAGGCUAUAAAUAAUAGCAUGUCGCAUGACCACUACUCAAGUCUCCAUACAACAGCUAUGUCGCCUCUUGGAGCUUUUGAUGAAGAGGCUGAUAUGGACUUGGAACUGGAAAGUCACGACUUUGAUUUAGUGGACGCCGAUGAUCAUGGGGAUGCCAAUGGCCCCAGCAGCGACAUGUUGUGACAUCAUAGCCAAAGCAGACGUCGAACGAUCAACAAGCCCAAAGUAUUUGCUCCGAAGUCUUUGACCCACUACUUCAACCACACCCGCAUUCAGUCUCGUACGCCCAUGGUUCCUCUAAGGAGCGCAAUGGAUGCCAAUAUUAAUCGCAUUGUGAGAAAGAAAAACGAACGUAUUAGCAAUGGGAGCUAUGACGAUAGCCGGGGUGAGGUCGUGUCGGAGCAUUUGCUUGAAGCCGGACGUCUAUCAGAUGAAAAGAUCAUAAUUAAGCAAAGCUUUCGCCAAGAAAUACUCGAUAAGGAGGCCCAUAUCUUCAUUGAUGAUAUAGCUAUUCCAAAUUGCUUGGAUGACCUGAAGGUAAUGAUUGUCUGUUAAGGGUAGGUGUGCAAUCUUGCUACGUGCGAUCUCAUUGCUUACUGAUACUUUAAUUGUCCUAAAGAUUUAGCAAGCUUUUUUUAUUUCUAGUAUAAAAGUUGAUUUAAACACAUAUUUUCAAUGCAGUAAUAGUAAAUAUAUCAAAUACUUUUAAACAAAUAUCUUUCCACUGAAUUCUAAUUUAUGAACUGAGAUUUUAUUUGUAAAAUGUUUGGCCCUAUUUUUUAAUGCUUCUCUGUUAUGAAUUUUUUUAUUAAAGUUUUUUAGUACGGCUAACAAGGGAAACUUGAGCAUUUAAGAAUAAAUGAUACAUGUAAUAGGAAGAAAAGUUUCUAUUUUUGAUGUACGCAAUAAAAUAUUAAAAUAUUCUUAUUACGGGCUUGAGUCGAACUAAUAUAUAGCUAGCUAUAUGGCCUGUAUGAAAGUCAAAAUCUCCUGAAAUAUAAGAGCUUGUAUGAUGAGAUUAGGCAAGCAGAUUCUAGUGAUACCUACGCAAUGCCAAUAUACACACCCUCUCACACCUUUUUUUAAAUUUUUUUGGUUUUUCAAUGAUGUAUAUUUAUCUUGCCAAUACCUACCGAUAUGCUAAUAAUAUUGUUGUUACUCCCACUCUAAAGCGGAAAAAACGUCUGAGCAAAUUAUUCAAAAGUUAUGAGCAAUUAGGUAACCGACACUAUGUGGUUUAUACUCUUGAAAAGAGUACUUUUGCUGGCUGAUAUCCACCUCCCUCGCAGCCAGUGACAAUAUCUGAUAGUCGGGGUAUUUGGCUAUGGCUAUUUAUUAUUUAUUUAUGAAACGAAACCACAUUUUAUGUGUUAAAGCUGCAAAGUACAAAACUUUUAUUUGCUGAAUUAAGCUUCUUUGUUAUUAUAGAGUUUUUUGCCAUCUAUAUUAUAUUAAUCAUUCGUUAUCCGACCUUUAAAGCUUUUUUAAAUUUUAACUGAGUACUCGGAUUAUUUAUAAGUGAUUGUAGUUAAGCUGAAUAAUCGUUACGCACCAAGAUCUACUUUCUCCACUGCAAAAUUUUGAAGGACCUCGAGCCGACAAUAUUUUCGAAUAUCAUUGUGUAACAUGAGAAAGAUAGCCAUGUUUUAAGAUUUUACAUUUCACAGAUAUAAUAUUCCCAACUUGCACUGUAGGUACACAUCGCACAACAUAUCCAGACAGUCAGUUAAGCUUUGAGGAGUAACUAUGUCACGUUUGUGCGUACCUAUUUAUAUGUUAAAAAAAUAAUAUCUUUAAUUUUUUACCAUAAUGAAACGGAAUGCAUUGGCCUUAGGCAAAAAGAUAAGAUGUCCUUAAAAAAACAGAAAGGUGUAUGUAUGUAGAUAUUAGAUUGAAUAACAUUAAUUAUAUGUAAAUUGAAGAACGCGAUAUAAAGCACAUAACUUAAUAUGUAAAGAAAACUGUAACUAGUCAAAUUUAUAAGAUAACACAUUUCAUAUAAAUAUAUUGUAUAAUUAUUUAUUUAACUAUAUAAUUAUAUUAAACUCGUCCACAUUAAAAAGCCUAUUUUGUACCUUCGUAUUUACCUUUUUGAAGAAAUAUUCGGGCCAAAAAUGAAUUUGAAAUGUGAAUACUAAAUUAUGGCUACCAAAUUUUACUUUAUUAUUAUUAAUGUAAAAAAGUGUACAUAAGAAAAAUAUUCAAAAAUCCUUCCAGUUAAGUUUGAAUAUAGAUUUCCCAUAAAAAGCCAGGCGGGCUGCAAUAUAAAAAACACAAUAAAUCACAAGUAAUUUUGAAACGAUACCAAAUAUUUUUAAAAAUACUCAAAUGUCAUUCAUAAGUCACUAUGUUAAUAUCUUUAGGACGUAUUAUGAAUAAGAAAAUGCCUCUUGAUGUAUGCUAGUCAAUUUAGUUUAAAUAAAAUUUACUAAACUACCGCAAUAGAGAGGUGGGUAUGUCUAGGCACAUUAUUAAUUUAGGUAUAUACAUGUAUGUACGGAUCAGGCAAUGCAAUAAUAAAUUAAAGGCAAACUUAAUUGAGUAUUAUUACGGGUGAGGAUGACCUCAUCAAAGGAUCAACACGCGGAGCAGAUGGUGAAAGCAGCGAAUUUGCCAAAUCCGAUCAGCUCCAACGAAUUAAGAGUCCGUAACCAAAAUAAAAGCUCCAUCCACCUGCACAAAAGAGCCCAACUGCUGGAAUAGUGGAUAAAUGACCGCGACUGAACCAGUAAACACACAAACAAAACAGGAGCACGCUCUAGUCGAUUUCCUCGACUAUCUGAUUCACUUUACUUAGCUAGUGGGA